AUGAACAAUGCCUUGAAAGUGGCAUUAAUUACUAGGAGAAAGAUGAAAGCAUGGCAAAGCAGAUGCUGAAGAGCUGGUUUGUGUUCUGCAGUCUGUGUUGAAGUCCCAUCUGAGACAGAGGCUGUCCAAGGAACUGACAUGAAGCUACUCUGCAUCUCCUGCAUGAAGAGGGAAGAGGUCACAGCUAGCACAGUGGUGGAAUGGUUCUACAGGCCAGAGGGUGGAAAGGAUGAACCUAUCUACGAGUACAGGAAAACAAACCACGAGUUUCCAAGUCGCUUCAGUGGUCGGAUCCAGUGGAAUGGGAGUAAAGACAUGCAGGAUGUGUCCAUCACUGUGCUGAACGUGACCUUGAACGAUUCAGGGAUCUACACCUGUAACAUCACUCGGGAGUUUGAGUUUGAGAUCCACAGACCUCUCUUCACAAGCUCCAGGCUGAUCCACCUCACCGUGGUGGAGGAGGCUGGAGAAGACUUCACCUCUGUCAUCUCAGAAAUUAUGAUGUAUAUACUGCUGGUCUUCCUCACCCUGUGGCUCCUGAUAGAAAUGGUCUAUUGCUACAGAAAAGUCUCCAAGGCAGAGGAGGCUGCCCAGGAAAAUGCGACAGACUAUCUUGCAAUUCCAUCAGAAAACAAGGAAAACUGUGCUGUGCCUGUGGAGGAAUAGCAGAGAGGAGUCAGCAGGACGAACGGCACCAAGGGGCUCUGAAGACAGAAGGACCACGUGCUGCCAGCCAGGUUGGAGGGGAGCUCUGAGCCGUCGGGAGGAAAUGUGGGGAAGUGUAAAUUCUCUUCCGUUUGCCUUGGACUCUGUACAGCCUUGACUUUGGUCUGCUGACUCCGUGCCAAGCUGCCAGCCCUUUGCUAAAGGACUCUUCUGUUGAAGCAUGCUGAGCAAAUGGCACAGGGGUGUGGGCAGCACGGCUCCUUCCCAAGUUUCAGUUCCAUCAUCACCUGAACGGCUUUGUAAAUGUUAAGUGUCAUUUCUUAGCUGCUGUCACCACCACUUUUAUUUGCUAAAUAUGCUAGUCCUCCAUUGCAGAGGUAAAGGGUAUGUAU